CGGACGCAGAUCGGUCAAUCCAAGAAAAAGAUUAUGCGGCAAGUUCUAGCUUAAAGUCGAGAAAACAGCAGUUAGAUAUCAAAAAGUGGUAAUGAUUUGGACAGUUCUUUAAGAUGGGAAAUACUGCAGUGGACUGCCUUGAUUAGAAAUCAUCUAACCUAACCUAAACAACCAUGUGAAGCUGUUUCUGAGCAGAGAAGAAGUGCAAUGUGGGAAUCUGAUGAAGAUGGAGGCACUUCUGAUUAAAGAUUACUUUAUGAGAUUAAAGAGCACCUGGAGAGUUAGUAAGCUGUAAUCUGCGAUAGCUAUUAAAAAAAACUUAUGAAGGCAAAGGCUGAGUAAACCUUUGAAUUCAAUUCAGAGAUUUAAUACCAGACAAUGAAUUCAUAUAAACUCUCGAUAACCAGCAAGUGCGUUUAGAAGGGCACAUAGCAUUUCUUCCGUGAUUGAUUCAGAAAAUUACGGCAACCAUGAUCUGCAGCAGUGUCAAGUUGGCAGUGCGCCGCUGUUUCAUCCCAGGUCGGGCACGUCGGUGCUUCAUGGUCAUUCUUGCGGUCAGUUUGACCUCUCUGUGGAUGCUCACCAUGCAGGUCAUCCAAGUGCGGCCUCAGACCAAUCUACCGGAUGUGCAGUCUAGAGGACUGCCAGACGCUUCUAUAUCAAGGACUAAGUCGCCUAAAUCCAGCGGGCAUCGUUUAGCAAAUGGAGCACACGGUGGAUCACCAAUGGACAGUCCUCCGGAGUUUGAGGAGGAAGGAACUAAAUUACACCAGCGGCUUUUAAAAGGAGAGCCAGUUUAUCAAAUGGCAGAGAGACAUAUCAAAGACACAGAAGGGUUGGUACUAGUUUUCCUCGAGGCAUCAGACUCUGGACGAAGCCUCGUAAAUAUUCUGCUUUCGCACAGGUUCAAUGUGAAAGUCGCUUUGGUGCAUGAUAGUGUAUGGCCUUCGUUUAACCACGAUGAGAAGGGCAUAUUUAGUGUUAUCAUUUUUGAGAGCCUGAGAUCCUAUGGGCAUCUAAGCAGCGUCAAGACGAAGGUUCUUCAAGAGUACUGCAGAGCAUUUAAUGUUGGUAUUAUUAUAUUUACACAGCCAGAGGUGACAAGUGAUUUUGCCCAAGUCAGAAACUUUCCCUUGUAUAUUGAACAACAUGCGAGGUUAAAAAACCCUAUUGUCAACCAGAGCAGCAAUGUUCCUCGCAUCAUAAGGUCCAACCUAAGAUUCUUUGGUAAUCUUCCAGGUGACCAGUGGACCACCUUCAGAACAAACCACUCAACAUACGUUCCUGUGAUGGAAGCACACUUAGCAGUACCACCCCAAGUAGUUACCAACCCUGAGGAGAGAGCGAGACUGAGUAAUAAGAUAUGCGUUGUGUAUGACAGGGGAUGGAUGGAUGGAAUUAAGAGGAUAUUCUUUGGUUACUCUUCAAACCACUUCUUGCACAUGAUGCUUUUGUUGGACAGCGUAGCUCAUUUGACUUCUGGGAAACUCCAGACUGAUCUGGAUCGGUACAUUCUCAUCGACAUUGAUGACAUCUUUGUUGGGAAGACUGGCAUUCGUCUCAAAGUUUCAGAUGUUGAGAACAUGAUCAAGGUCCAAGGGGAGUUGCAGGAGCUUGUCAAAGGUUUCCGAUUCAACCUGGGCUUCUCCGGCAAGUACUACCAGCAUGGAGACGAGGAGGAGAACGCGGGAGACCGCAAGCUCCUGGAGGAGGCCAAGCACUUCUGGUGGUUCCCUCAUAUGUGGGAUCACAUGCAGCCCCAUCUCAUCAAGACCAAGGCCAAGCUGAAGGAUCUGAUGCUGCAGAACAAACAGUUUGCUGUGGACCACAACAUCCCGAUGAUGAAGGGGUACUCCGUCGCCCCCCACCACUCCGGUGUCUACCCUGUCCACGAGGACCUCUACGAUGUUUGGAAGGAGGUUUGGGGGAUCGACGCCACGAGCACCGAAGAGUACCCUCACCUCCGCCCGUCCCACAGGAGGAGAGGUUUUAUUCAUAAGGAUAUCAUGGUUAUGCCAAGACAGACCUGUUCUUUAUUUACCAAGACAAACUUCUUCAGUGAAUACAACGGAGGCAAAACAGCUCUAGAUGCCAACAUCCAGGGUGGAGAGCUCUUUGCAACAAUUGUUAGCAACCCUGUGAACAUCUUCAUGACUCACAUGUCCAACUACGGCAGCGACCGACUGGCCACCUACAUGUUCAAGCACGCUUUCCAGUUCGUUCACACCUACACCAACCUCAGGCUUCAGACGCUUCCUCCUGUUCCCACUGCCAAGAAAUAUUUUGAGCUGUAUCCGCAGGAAAAGCAACCUCUCUGGGGUAAUCCCUGUGAUGAUCACCGACUGAUGGAAGUAUGGGACGAGAACAAGGACUGUUCCAGAUUACCCAACUCUCUCAUACUUGGUCCUCAAAAAACAGGUACUACCGCCCUCUACACUUUCCUCCAGAUGCAUAAAGGGAUUGCCAACAAUCGGCCGAGUGAGAAAACCUUUGAAGAGGUACAGUUCUUCAAUGGAGACAACUAUUAUAAUGGAUUGGAUUGGUAUCUUGACUUUUUUCCGUCCACCAAGAACCAAAGCCACACCCACACCUUCGAGAAGAGUGCCAAUUACUUUGAUAGCGUAUUAGCUCCUAAGAGGGUUAAAGCUCUGCUCCCAAAGGCCAAGCUGAUUGUCAUUCUUCUUGACCCGGCAAAGAGAGCAUACUCCUGGUAUCAGCACAUGAGGGCGCACAAUGAUGCAACCAGUUUACAGUACUCAUUCCGCGAUGUCAUCACUGCCAAGCCCGACGCACCCAAACCACUCCGGGACCUUCAGAAACACUGCCUAGAACCAGGAAGAUACUCAACACAUCUACAAAGAUGGCUCCAGCAUUUCUCAUCCAGACAAAUGUUCCUUUUGGAUGGAGAAAUGUUGAAAACCAACCCAGCUCUUGCCAUGCUGAGGGUUCAGAAGUUCCUCAAGAUCAAACCAACCCUCAAUUAUUCCAGAUUACUCAAGUAUGAUCGAAAUAAAGGUUUUUAUUGCCCGGUGGGUCCCAAGAAUAGAACACGCUGCCUAGGAAAGGGCAAAGGUCGUAAGUAUCCCGAAAUGGACACCGAGUCGGAGGAAUUCCUCCAAGCUUUUUAUCGACAGGAUAAUCUCGUCCUCUCGUCGGUCUUGGAAAAACUCAACCAACCUGUUCCCGACUGGCUGGCUGACCAUAUCAAAGAGUUCUAGUUCAAUCUUACCACCAACCUCACGUAGUGAUCCAAUGUUGAAAUAGUGUAUUUCUUAUGACUUUCAAAUGAAAGGGUUGUAGAAAAGUAGUGGUUUGGUAAUUUUCUCCCUUUGCCCAUGCUCAAGGAUUGUAAUGCAAAGUUCCCACUGCUGAUCUGACAGCUCAAUCUUAUGCUACAUUCACAAAUGCCUCUAUGAACACCGUACAAAUGAUUGCAUGUGUGUAUUUGAAUUUUGUCAGACGUGUAUAUCAGAUAUGAUUAUUUACGCCUGGGACCGACCUUUAACGUCACCAUCCGAAAGACGUGACUGGGGCUCAAACCUCUGCAUCAAUUUGUAACUUCCCCACAUAGCUUGGAUUGCAGGCGCACGCCACAAUGCCCAGUUGUACAAAUGAUUUUAUACCAUUUAUUGCUAUGUAUAAAUACCAUUCAUAUGAUGUUCGUAAAGGUAUUUGUGACCGUAGCAAUACCUGUUUAUGUAAAAGUUGCUAUCAUGGUAACUUUGCUUUCCAGUGGUAACUACCAUGGCAAGUGUGUUCUUUAGGCGAUCAGAAUAUAGCACUCCAUGGUAGGUACAAAUAGAUGGCAAAGCUGCCAUAGCAAUCAUUUAUGCAAUGGAGCCCUGAUCAAGCUCAUUCGGGGGCAAGGUUGGUUGGAGGCAUGUUUGGGCUAGCUCAGCAGCUCAUCUGUGUCAACCUACCAUGAACAGCAUCAAUCUACCGUGAUCAACAUCGCUAUGGUUACCUACAAAGUAUUCUGAACAUGUCAGAUAUAUUAAUUCAGUAGGGAGCUAGAUGGACGUCAAUCACCAGGGUCUCGUAACACAAAGGUUAGUGAUUAAUCGUACCCUUGAUUUUCACGAUUGAUUGUACAUUGUAGUCUAUGGAAUCAAUCGUAGAAACAUGUUCUACAAUCAUUGCUAAGCUUUGUGUUACGGGCCCCAGAUUAGCUCGCCGUGAUAGACCAACCAGGGCCCUUUUGCGUCAAAGUUAGUAUUAUGGUCCCUUUGCCAUCCAGUGGUAGUUACUAGGGUACGAUUCUUAAUACUCAACCAAACUAACUUGAUUUUGAUCUGGGGCCCGUUGCAGAAAGAGUUGCGUUUAAACGCAAGCCAAAAAAUCAAUCGCAAGUCCCAAAUGAUUGGUUGAAUAUCAUGUUGCGCAUGAUUUUUUGAGUUGCGAUUGAUUGCAACUCUUUCUACAACAAGCCCCAGAACAGGUUGUUUGAUUGGAAGUGAGAACCUAGCAUAUAAGCCAUUUCUGGUGUAAGUUGGUAAUGCUUUACCUGGUGGAAAAAAAUGGUAAAGAUAUUUGUUCCAGCACAAUAACAGACAUCCCGUUAUUGAUCUUUCCAAGAUCAAGCUGCCAAGAUUUAGUCCUGUUUCUAGGCAGUGAGAAAAUGGAACAUUUGACCACUGAUUUGUUUGAGGUGAUAAUCUGUUUACUGUUACAGAGCAUUGAUCCCCUUUCACCUGAGCUUUAACCAUCAUUAAUACAUUCAAAUCCUAAAAGAAAUAUCAUUGUGAUAUCCUGUUGUUGAUUGUGUCUUCU